UACAGUCAAGUUUUUUAUGAUCUCAUUGAACCAAAAUCAAAAGUUAACCUAUUUUUUGGCAAAUAACCUCUAAAUUACAUUCUUUGGAACAUUUUAUUUGUAGAAACCAAAAAAAACCGUAUUUACAAAGGAAGUAUUAAAAGUCUUAAUUUUCAGAAUGCCUCAAAAAAUAACUCCAGAGUUUAUUCAAGGGUGUAUAAAACACCACAACGAUUAUCGAGUCAGUCACGGUUCUCCACCAUUGGUAGAGGAUGCAAAAGUAAAACAUUUAUCUCCUUUCAUAUCUAAAUUGAAUCAAUUUGCACAAGAAUGGGCAGAAAAUUUAGCAAAGAGAAACAUUAUGGAACAUAGGGGCAAUAAUCCAUACGGAGAAAAUAUUUAUCAGGCGUACAAUUCAGAUCCGGAAUGGAUAAUGAAGCCAAUAGACUCAGUUAAGGUUUGGUACGAGGAAAUUUCUUUGUACAAAUUCGGCGAGGAGAAACCAAGGAAUCCAAGUGCAGUAGGACACUUUACUCAGUUAGUCUGGAAGGAAACAGAAAAGGUGGGCGUUGGAAUGGCGACCAGCGCAAAGGGUCACGUGUACAUCGUUUGUAACUAUGAUCCUCCUGGCAACGUGAUCGGUCAAUUCGCAAAAAACGUGCUGCCGGCCAAGAAAUCGCCCAAGGAAAUUGAGAUCGAGAGGAUGGAGAGAGAAAGGAGAUGGCCAGAAAGGGAAGAGCGAAGAAAAAAAAGGGGCGACAGAAUAACUUUGACACCCUCACUCGAGAAAAUUGGAAUCAAGUUCCUUCCACCAAAUAUGGAAGUUAUAGAAUCAAUGGAUCGUUUGAUUGCGGUUCCAUCGGAAAAAUUCCGUGUUUGGAGUUGUUGGUUGUCAAUGGUAGGUGAUGAGGUUCUCGAAUGGCGAUACUGGCUCCUUUCUCAGAUAAAUCUUGUUUUACGGAUGAGUGAUAUAAUGUUGAAAACUGAAGCAAAAGGAAAAGAAAUAAAGAAAAAGGAUGUACCGAAAGCAGAAGACGAAAAGAAAAAUGAAGAAAGUAUAGAAAAGAAAGUUGAAACUAUGGAGCAUACAACGGAAAUCAACGAUGCCCAUCAAAUUGAUAUCCAGCUAGAGUUAGAAGAAGAAGAACAACUUUCUAAAAGAAAGGAUCCUAAGCUUGCAAAAGUGGAGGGUGAAAUUAAAGAGAAGACUUUAGACGACACCCAUGUGCUUGAAGAAUUAAGCCCAGACACAGAACCGACAUCAGAUGCAAAUCCUGUGCUCGAUGAUAGGGAGGAAGAGAUUGACGCAGACGAGGGCAGCAACGAAAAAGCGACGGAUGAAAUUGAGAAAGAGCGGGAGUCAGAUAGACAUAACGGGGAGGAGAACAAAGAAAAGGAGAAUUCCUGGCCGAUCGGUCUGCCUUGGGAGCCCAAAGAGUCAGACAAAAAAGAGAAACGGGGGAAGGAGAUGCGGGAAAAAGUCAAACGCGCGAACCACUGAGUUUGUACAAGCAGUCUCAAUUGUGGUUAUCUGCCCUUCUUCCACGCGAGAGAAUUGCCGAGUCAUUCCAGCGCCUUCCUCAAUGUGCUAUUAAAUUUCCAGUGUCAAAUGCUUCGUCGGACCUCAUCGAGACUUAAACAGCUUAUUUAUGCUACGUUUCACAGUUCCCGUUCAAAAAUUUACUUCUGGAUUUUAACUGAAUUUAGUUUGAGUCAAGAUGACUUUCCAGUUUUAAGAAAUCGGACUUUGUAGAAUAUUCCGAAUGGGUGUAAACAUUUUAUAAAUAUGGGUAUGAAACGUAACUACGCCCACUAACUGCACCUUCUAACGAAAUCACCUAACGAGGCUCACUAAAUGCAUCCUCUAACGAGACCCGAUAAGCACGCCCAAUAAAUAUGCCUAGUGGCACCUAACUCCACCCCCUAAAGAACCACACGUAUCGUAUUCACUAUAAACAUCCGCUGACGAGACUUGAUGAAUGCGCCCACUAACCCCACUUCCAACUUCACCUUUAAGGGAGACUGGAUAAUCGCACCCUUCAUAAAUCACAUUACCUACCCAUGUCCUCAAAGUCCACCCGUUAAUGAGACCCACGAAUCUUACUCGCUAACUCCACUAUGUUAAGUAAACUCUGCAACGAGAUCCGAUGAACACACUUAUUAGCCACGCCCUCCAACUCUACGCUCUAAAAAGGCCCAAUUCAACUCCCUAAACACAUCUGCUAAUGAUACUUGAUUAACCAAUGAAAACCUUAACUUAUCAUACCUCCUAUCGACAUGCACUGACCAAACGGUUAGAAGUGUUUUUAAUUUACUACAUUAGAGAAAGACAAAAUUGUAUACUAAAUGUACUAAACGCACUUACACACCAAUUAUUUAUUCAGAAUUGCGUGAGGGCUGCCUGACCCCUGAGAAACUGCGUGAGCCAACAGUUGCAGGAAGGCUGAGAACUGGGUGACUGAAAGCGAGUGUUUGGUGUGUGUGGUGUUCCACAUCCUCUACCUUUAAACUUUAUCGAAAAGAUAGACAAUAUAGACUUAUAAUUUAUUAUAUUCAUAAAUAAAAAAUUAUUUCUAAUUUAUUAAAGGCCGAGUCUACUAACGGCGAGAAAGUUCGAGUCCUCUGGUUUUGACGUUGAAAAA